AAAAAACGGGACGCUCUCUCCUUCUCCCUCUCUCUCCAUUUUUUCUCCUCCCUUUUUCUAUGGCGGAGCUGUCAAUGACAUCAUAAACGAUUCAACAGAAAAAACCCCACCUCAUUUGAGUAAUUGACUUCUCUCUCAAUUCUGUUUCACACAAUCCGCUAAACCCAAAACCGCCAUCAUUUAUGUCAAGUCACUUUCUUCCCCUGUGAACUCCAUCACAUACAUACAUAUUAUUCACAGAAGAGGAGGUGGUGGUGGCCUUUGUACUUUGUGGGGCUUCUCAUUCUUGAUUCGACUCACGAGGAUUUAAUGCUCUAACCCCUCCAUUCAUCCAUUUCUUCAAAAGAAAAUAAAGAGCCUAGUUGGUAAAAGAGCACAAUAGUUUCCAUUGGUCAGCUUAGAACAAGAAUUGGAUGCUCAGACGCGACGAGAAAGAUGUGUAUUUCUUGUUUUUGAAGGAGGAUUCGAUUCUUGCCAUCCUCAUUCAAGAUUUCUUGAAAUUGAAGAACGGGCAAUAAAUAAUAAUGUUGGGCUUUGGAUUUCAGGGAAGAAUACAGGGAGGAGAGCGAGGAGCUACGAUUACGUUGGUGGAGUUCUUGAGGGAAAGAAUGGAUGCUUCUGAUCGCAUGGUCAGAAGGAAGAGUAUAACUGAACGGUUGGGAUUGAAGGGGUUCAGCUGUUGUGGGGCCACGUGGGGUCUUGGACCUGCUCAUACUCAUAGUAGCGUUAGUGUGAGAGAUGAUGGUGGGGAGGCUGAGGGAGGAGGUGAACGGCAGCGGGAAAUUGAGGUGAUAGACGUCGGUCAUGCUUCGCCGGAAAAUGGGUCAACGGCGGCGUGCGCCGAUUGUGUCCCGGCAACUUCCGGGAUGAACUUGGCUGCAGCUCUGGCGGCAGAAAGGCAAUUUAGGGCGGCCCAAGAAUUGGUGGGUUUAAGUCCAAGCCCAAUGAGGCCCAUGACUGAGGCUGAUGGGGUAGCUAGCGGUGUGGCUGCUGGUGGGACGCCGUUCAGGGUGUCGUUGAUGACACUGCUUGAAGAGACGGACGGUUAUGAUUAUGGGGACUGGGAGAAAGAGGAGAAAGGAGUGGGUUCUGAUUCAGUGUGCUGCGUGUGCAUGGGAAGGAAAAAGGGCGCAGCUUUCAUACCAUGUGGGCACACUUUUUGCCGGGUGUGCUCAAGGGAGUUGUGGUUCAACCGAGGGCUCUGUCCCUUGUGCAAUCGUUCAAUUCUUGAGAUUCUCGAUAUAUUCUAGUGAUGCUGAUGCUCUUUCAAUUUUUAUUAUUUUUUUUUUGGAGAUUGGGAAAUGAUGGAUUUCAUCUGAGCAGGGCAAUUUGAUGAUGAAAUCCAUGAAUUUUUAGCAGAAGUGAAUGAUGUUCAGUGGAUGAUCAGGGCAAUGUAUUCUCACAUCUAUGUAACACACCUAUAAUUCUAUAUCUGUCAAUGAAUUUUACACUA